GAAGAGAAGGAAGGAAGGAAGGAGGGGCAGAACUGCCUCGCCUACUGGGUGGUCGUGAAGUUGGUUAAGAGGUUCUACAUGCAAAUGAUGGCCCACUGUGGUGGGGAGCGUGUGCGUGUGCGUGUCUGUGCGCUGCUGGUCCGCUCUUAAUGCGCGCGCGGCACAGUGUUGGAGACGAAGGGAAAGGCCCAGAGAGGGAGAAGGUGGGGAUGAUGUAGAGACCCUGAUGCUUGGUUUUAAAGUGUCUGUUUCUCUCUCUCUUCUUCUUUCUCUUCGUCCCCCUGCCGCAGUCACUUUGAUACUAAAGUAAACUAAACAUGGAGUUGUUGUGCCACGAAAAGGAACGCGUCGUCAAGGCUCUGCUGGACCCCAGCGUUUACAGCGACGACAGAGUGCUGCAGAACCUCCUGACGGUCGAGGACGCGUUUCUCCCACAAGCUUCUUAUUUCCAGUGCGUGCAGAAAGAAGUACAGCCUUACAUGAGGAGGAUAGUCGCCACUUGGAUGUUGGAGGUUUGUGAAGAAGAGGAGUGUGAGGAAGAAGUUUUCCCUCUGGCUGUCAAUUACCUGGACCGAUUUCUUUCUGCCAUGCCAACCAAAAAGUCCUGUUUGCAGCUUCUUGGUGCCGUCUGCGUUUUCCUGGCGUCCAAACUGAUAUCGUCCCGGCCCAUCUCCGCCAAAAAACUCUGUCUUCACACGGACAACUCCAUCACGUCACAAGAGCUGCUGAACUGGGAACUGAUCGUUCUGGGAAAAUUGAAGUGGAACCUGGCGGCUGUCACACCUCACGACUUCAUAGAGCAUAUCCUGCUCAAGCUCCCCUUACCUAAGGACAGAGUGAAGCUGAUUCGAAAACACGCACAGACUUUCAUUGCCCUUUGUGCCACAGAUCACAGCUUUACGAUGUACCCUCCCUCCAUGAUCGCCACGGGGAGCAUCAGCGCGGCGGUGUGCGGACUUCAGAUCAACUGCACGGAGAGCAGUGUUUGUGGGGAGAGCGUGACUGAACUGCUGGCCAAAAUCACCCAUACUGAAGUAGAUUGUCUGAAUUCAUGCCAGGAGAAGAUCGAGCAACUGUUGGCUAGCAGCCUCAGAGAAAGCCAGCAGCACAAGCAUCAGGAGGGCAGGGCCAACAACAAAGAGGCGGAGCCUCAGAGCCAGUCUUGCACCCCGACAGACGUGCGCGACAUCAAUCUAUGAUGUCUUUACAUGAUCGUAACCAGCAGAAUUCCUCGAUCUGGGGGGGAAAAAAGGAAUUUUACGUAUCGACUUUAUUAUAGCUAAUAAUUUUAAAAAUCUAUAAUAUAUUCUUAUAUACAUCAGAGUUUAAUGUAGUGUGAGAAGUACGUAAAAUACAGAACAAUAUUUUGGAAAUUAAUAAUAAGAAUAAUAAAGGAGAAUUUAUGCUUAUGUACAAGUAUACUUGAAAAACUAAAAUUGCUAUUAUUAUUACUAUUAUUAUUUUUUUUUUUUAUUAUUGUGUUAAAAAUAUUCUAUUUUAUGACUAUCUGUAUUUAUCUGAGGGAGACGCGUAUUGUGCACGCUAGCCACGUUUCGAGUGAACAGGAAAGCUGCACUGCUGUGAGUGUUGAACCCCCACAACAAUUUUUUCAGCCAAAUCUAUUACCAGCUAAAGACCAAAGUUGCCCCACAGAACAGCGGUGUGUCUGUGAAGGCAGGACUGAGCAUUUGUGUAGUGGAUGCAGGAAGGAAGAAUCCUAGUAAACUCCCAUUUGAUUUUCGGUUGGACGUUUAUAAGUUUUUAGCGCUGGUGAAAGAACAACACUGCAGAUUCAGAAGAAGGUUUAGGUUUAGAUCAAGUUUCUGUGGGAUUCCUGUAAGUAAAUAAGGUAGAGAGAAAAGAGGACGUGAGUGACAACGAGAAAGGAAAAGCAAGUCAGUGAAGGUGAGAUGGUGGAAUCGCAGUAGUGGUGUCGAGACUAAGAGGCUAUUUGAUGACGUGGACAUCAGGACUGUGGCAAUGUCUAACCUGUAGAAGUGAAUGUGUUUAAAAUGUUGGCGCAAGUCCAACGACUUCACACAAGGGAUCAGUUAUUGAUUAUUUCUUGCUGAGGCGGGGAGGGAGUUGGGGCAGUUUGUAUCACAGGAGGUAUCAGGAUGUAUCGCUCCCCCUUCCUGAAUCUCAGUGUGAUGGAUGAAUUAGCUUAUAAUUCUCAAAGCAAAAAAAGCAAAAUCCGACUGCACUUUUUUCAUUAUUCCAGAAUUAUUACCAUUUACAAGGAAAUGAAUAGAGCCUAUUUUUUUUCCUAAUUAGUUCUUUUUUUAUUAUUCUUAAGUUAUUGUUUGUUUUGGGGCUGGUUUCCCAUCGUGUUAGGUAUACUUGCAGGGUUUACUGGUUAGCGUAACCCAAAGGUAGCAAUCGGAAAGUUGCUAAAAUCUUAAACCCUCCAAUGUUUUUUCCUCCAAAGAUUUGCACCGUGCAGGUUUAGAUAGCAUAUUAUUAAAUUGAUCUCGUAGUUUUUGUAGUGGUUUUUAGCGUUGGUGCUGUCUUAACAGCUCAUUAUUGUAAACGUUUGUAUUUUUUUUUUUUUGUUUUUUUGGGGUUUUUUUUUUUGUUUGUUUUGUUUUUGUAAAGCAUUUACUUGAAUUUCACUCUUGCUGAUUCACCUCAAUACAAUGCAUCAACUUAUUGCAGUUCAAUUUCUAUGCAAACAUUUAUUUAAAAAAGAAAAUUUACAUUUAUGACAAAUCUGUGUACAAAUACAUUAUACAUUAAUUUACAUUCCAGAAUAUUUACAUUAUAUAAGGAAUACUGUAUUCUUGUGAGACCAUAUCCACUUCUCUCUCCAGUUUUUUUUUCUAUCUUUCUUUAAUAUUGUUUUCCUUUCAUUUGAUUCUCUCCGAACAUCUUUCGAAAUGCUGCUAAAAGAAAAAAAAAAAGAGCUUUUUUUUUUUUUUUUUUGUCUUACACCGACGGAAUUGUCUGCGUACGUUCCACUUUGUGUGCUGCUACUACAUGAUUAUUUUUGUAUGUUAGCUUGGCUUGAUUUUUAAGGACCUUUGGAGUGGAAGGUGAAGCAGGAAGCAUGUUCGCACUUGGGUUUCAGGUGCCGACGCUCAGCAUCCCAUCAUGGGCCUUUCUGUACGCCUGCUGCUGUUGUGUUUCUGCUAUGAAUUUGAUUUUUGGCCUCUUGGCAGCAAUAAGAAAAACACGAAUGCUUGCUGCUUCACUUCUUCAUUGUAAGUUGAUCAGGGAGCUCCUGGUGCCAGAUGUAUUGCAGCAUUGGCUGCUGUCGUUUUUCUUGUCAUUUGUUUUACGUUUGGCUCUCAGAUCAGGCCUUGUAAAGUCACUGAUGUAUGACUUUCAACAAUGAGGCCUGUUCACAUUCCAGUCCUGAUCUGGUGUUUCAUCUGUGACAGGAGCAACAUAUUAUACAUGCAUGUAUUCCUGAGGUCUUAUUUUUAUUUACUUUUUUUAGUUUUGUUUGUUAGUUUUUUUUUUUUAAACUUUCUCCAAAAGGACAUUUUCCAUUUUUUGUUUUUUUUAUAGCUUCGUUAUAAACUUAAUUGUUUAUGCCUUUCCAGAUCUUCUCUUACUCCAACUUUCUCUAUCAUACUCUAUUUGGCCACAUUCAAUUCUAUAUCUAGUGAAGCUAAAUCAGUGUGACCUGAGCAAUAAAUAAUAACUAUAUCUUUUAUACAUGGUAUAUACAUUUUGACCUUUUAUAUGUAUUGUUUGCUAAAAUUGAUUACAGCGUUGUGUUGAUGUUAUAUACUAUAAUUUUCAAUUGAAAUCAAAACCAAAGCUUUAGGAAAGAUCUAGGAAAAAUUUUAUUAAAAAUGUUCAGGGGUCUUUUCUCUGUUCAAUAAAGUUCAUCGGGACACAA